AUGCUCCAAUUAAAAGUAUGCAUGGUAUGCUUAAAAAGUGAUGUGAAAGUUUUUAGUAUGAAUACAGGUCAACUAAGAAAGGAAUAUAAUUUAGCAUCAGGUUUAAAGACUAAUAGUCAUAACGGAUUACCUGAGUAUUUGUGUUAUCAAUGUGUAGCUUAUGUAAGAAAUUUUAAGAAGUUUAGAGAUAAAUGCCAACGUACAUAUUAUGCUUUGCAAGAAGUACUACAUAGAAAUAAAGAGAUUACCAAAACUAUCAUUGAGGAAAUAGAUACAAAAAUAUUAAAAAUAGAGCCAACUUUGUCAUAUUUGACUCCAAAUCAUUCAAGGACUAAGUAUGAAAGAGCAAAAUUUAAAUGGAUAAAACAUAACCGAGUAGGAUUAAAACAUCAAGAUGAAAUCUCAGUAUUCCAAUACACUACAACAUCUGAUGAUCUCAUAUUUGAAGUUCCUAGAAAAAAACCCAAACUUUCAAAGGACUUAGUUGAAGAAUGUAUAAAACAAGAAGAUAAAACUAUUGCAUCUCUGAAACCGUCACUUGAAAAUGAAAAAGUUGUUGAAAUAGAAGUUAAUGAUAGUAUCUUUGAUAAUAAUUUUGAUAAUUGUGAUGAAGAAAUUAUUGAUAUUGAUAAUAUUGACAUUAAUGUUACUAAUGAAGUACAAUCAAAAGGAGAUGAAGAUGUAGAUGGAAUGAAUUUAGAAGAAGAAUAUGCCACAAUGUGUCCCAUAUCAAUAGUAGAAGCAGAGGCCGUUGCAGAUGUGUAUAAAUUGUUUGCACAGGGCAAAUUUCAAUGCACUGUGUGUAAGAAGGCUUAUUAUAAUGAAAACCGUCUUAGUGCUCACAUGAGAAUGCACGAUACACAUACAAGUGGGUCAUACUUCUGUGGUCUCUGUUCUUAUUACUACAGAACAGAAUUUCUGUUAAGAACUCACAUGACUGAAAAACAUAUGUACAAAUAUUUAUGUAAAAAGUGUCCUGAAGUAAAUUUUGAUAGAACAUCAGCAAAACAACAUUUUAUAUGGGCUCAUCUACAGAAGGGUUCGAAAAAAGAUGCAAACUGGUAUGAAUCUCAACCUUCAACAGCUACUAAAGGUAAUAAGAAAAAUAAGUUAUUUAUACGACCUAUAAGAAAUAGCCAGAGAUUACCUCAAGAUUUCCCUGUAUACUCACCAAUUAGCCAAGAAGAACAAUAUGCAAUAGUCAAGGAAAGGCAGAAAACUAAAAACUACAUAGACUCACCAUUUAAAUGUGAAUACUGUUAUAAGGGCUUUAGAGAAGUGAUCACUUAUAAAAAACAUAUGAAGAAGCAUGAUCCUGCACAUUCAGGUAAACUACAAUGCGAUGCUUGCAAAAUAUAUUGUCCAGAUGCGAGAAAAAUGUACAAACAUAUGAACAUGAGUCAUUUAUUCAAAUAUUCAUGUCAAAUGUGCAGCUAUGUUUGUUUCAGCAGAGGUCAAGCAAAAAUGCACUACAAAUGGCAUAAAAAUGUUACAUACUCAUGUCCACACUGCAAUAAAGAAUUUACCAAAGCGUCAACAAGAUUAACCCACAUACGUAUCAAGCACCCGUCCACCUACAUCUGCAACCUCUGCGGGCACAGCUUCGUAAGCGUCACGGGCCUUUACUGCCAUAAAAAGCUUGCUCAUACAAAACAGGAGGUAGAGGAGAGUGCGGGCGCGCCGGAUCCCGCGCACGCGCUGUACUGCGCCGAGUGCGACGUGCAGUUCCGCGACGACGCGGCUCUCGCUACGCACUACGGCUCCUCUAUCAAGCAUGCUGAUACUAACUUAUCUAUUAAAACAUUAAGGAAAGAUGGCGCGGGCAUGCGUCGCGGGAGGCCGCGGCAAACGGGCAGCGGCAUCGUCAAUACAGGAGUGCAAACUUCCACUACUUGUGAGAUUUGUCACAAGUACCUGUCCAACGACGCUCAAGCACGCCGCCAUUACGAGGCGGAGCAUCCCGGCGCGCGCUAUCUCAAGAGAUAUAUGUGCGAUAUCUGCGGGCACACCACUAGGCAAUACGCCAACCUGACGGUGCACAUGCGCACGCACACGCUGGAGAAGCCGUACGCGUGCCCGCACUGCGAGCGCCGCUUCAGCAUGCCCAGCAACCGCGACCGGCAUCUUGUGGUCCACACGGGUGAGAAGCGCUACCAGUGCCAACACUGCCACCGGCGCUUCACACAGAGCAGUGCGGUCAAACUGCACAUACAGACUGUACACCUCAAGAUCCCCUACGCGCCCUGGGAUAAGAAGAACCGCAAGCGUCGUAGAGACCCCGAUCCCUCCAACCCCCACAUGCAAGUCAAUCCCAAUCCCAACCAACUAGCACUUCCCACGGGACUCGCACCGACCUCCCAUCCCGCACAGAAAUUCCUUCUAGACUCGUCCCACGGGAACUAUCUCAGCGCUUACAUCACAUACAAUGAG